GUGGAUGGGAGUGAUGAAGGGGACGAAGAUGGUGUGCUGAUGAACGAGGAACUUGUUCUUAACUCGGAAAUGCCGGAUAAUAACGACCCUUCUUUUGAUCCGGACUUCUCCAUGUCAGACGGAGAUGCAGUACCUGAUGAAGCUUCCGACCAAGACGUCGACUCUGAGUACGAGUCGGAGCCCGAAGGAAAGCGCGGCGCUGGGCGAGGACGAGGACGAGGACGAGGAAGAGCACGGGGCCGAGCAAGGGGCGAAGGGCGAGGUCGCAGUCGCGGUCGCGGCCGGGGCCGUGGAAGAGGUCGUGGUAACAGAGAUGCUGGCGAAGGUAGGGCGCAAGGAUCUCAAAGGGGGAAAAGAGGGCCCCGUGAACCCAAGGAUCCCGGUCCAGAAUUCAAGCGUAUAAUGGCCCAAGCGACUCAAUCAUGGCUCAAUGAAGAACUUGAUCCAGCUCUCAAAUAUGCGAGCGAGGCCAUCAAGAUCAACCCCGAGGUUUUCGCCGCUUACAAUCUUCUCUCCGAGAUUCUUUACGCGAAGCACCAAUACGAGGCAUCCGUACAUGCACUUUCUAUGGGUGCACUCCUACAGAGAGACGUAAAUCUCUGGCAUCAAAUUGCUGCUAGAGUACUUGAGUUGGAAGGCGACGAAAAAGACCGCCUUGAAUGGGCUCACCGAUGUUUUAGUCAAGUCAUUCGUAUCGAUACCAAUGAUUGGGAAGCGCGCUGCAGAAGACUCGAUUUUCAGCUAAGAUUCAACCACAAGGGUCAAGCAAAGUCCGAGUUGGAGAUGAUGCUGAAGAUCGAAGGUCAUGAGAAUGAUGUUGACAGACUACAGCAGUUGGCUGAGCUAUGUGCGGUUACUCACGAGCCGGAGAGGGCUGUAGAACCUUUCCAGAAAGCCUUGAAGCAUCACAUGAAAACUUCCAAGUCUGAAUACAGUCAGCUUGAUUGGCAAAUCCUCAACAGCUAUUUGGAGUUGAUGCAGACUCUGAAGCGGUAUGAAGAAGCGAUCCCUUACCUUCGAGCUGGUGCCCGCUGGAUCCUUGGUCGAGAGGAUGAAUCGUUCUGGGAUUCCCAGCUAGAUGACCGUGAAUGGGACAUGGACGAUGAGCCUAGAAGAGUUCAAGUGGAACAGUUCGUGCCCGGGAGACAUAGCUCUGAGACAUAUGGAGCCGGCUUGCCAUUAGAGAUCAGGGUCAAACUUGGCAUGUUCCGUCUCGGGCUAGGCUCUGGUCAUUAUGAAGAAGCUUUGGCCCAUUUUGAAUACCUGCAGCCCGAGGACGAGUCUGAACUAGCCAACGUGUUCGACUUUGACGAUUUGUUCAGGGAAGUCGCCGAUGCACUCACCAUCUCAGGCAGCCAUAGCGAAGCACUUCGUUAUUACAUGGCUCUCCGGAAGAUACCGGAAGUUCCCCAGACAGCUCUUUGCAUCUCAAUCGCAGCAUGUUACUGGGCGCUUCGACGCCCGGACGAUGCUGAAGCAUUCAUAGAAUCGGCAUUGGGAGCUGCCGGCACCAACCUUUCCGCUCGUGUGCAAGUUGCGCGAUUUUUCCAAGACUGGGGCAUGACCUCCAGAUGUGAAGAUAUAGCUCAAGACGUCAUUGCAAAGGGAGGCUUGGAUAUUGUCAAAAGAGCUCGUCUCAAUGUGCAGAUGUCUAGUGCGCAUAAAGCCUUACAAGUAAAAGACUCCGCUGGAAAACUAAAGUCAACCAAGCAAGCUGCAACCCAGGACCUCCUCCCGGCGCCAACUACUUUGCAGUCUCUGGAAGCCAAGAGGCCGGUCACUAGGUCAAGAGUUUCAAGAGUUUCAAAAGAGCCUAAAGAACGAAGGCGCAGACUCCGUGGUUUGUUGGACACAGAGAAAGAAAAGCUUGAAGAGGCGCAGCUUCGGGACAGAGCCAUAAGAGAAUACUAUCAAGAGCUGGUAUCUCUUCAGAGCUCUGUAGACGCUGGUGAUGAAGAAGCAGUAACAGCAUACAUGGAUGCUGCAAGUGAAAUGGUUGAUGAAUUUCGGAGGAUGGAGGCAUUCUAUCCUAGGAAUGACAAAACCCUCAAGUUUACCGGCUAUGUUGGUCGCGCUACCGGUCCAUCUAAGAUGAGGGAAUCAACACUGGCCUAUCUCGCGACACUCUCAAAUCGCGCGGGCGCAACAGAAGCAGACCCAGAGAGCCAUAUGUACAACGGCGAGAAAGCACCCGAAGACUUCCACGAUAUCCCUUUCGACGAGUGGCUAGAUAUAUUCUGCCAAUACGCCUUGCUUUUAGCAAAGCGAGGUAUCAACGGACGCUGCUGGAUCGUUAUCCAGGCGGCUGCCGGGGCGAACAUCUUUCAUCACGAUGCUAAGCGCGAACACCAUAUUCAUGUGUGCUGGUUAGCCUGUGCUCUCUUACUCCGCGAUGAGGAGCACCUCUGCAAUGCAUGCCGUUAUUUAAUCAAACAACAUUCCUAUGCGAACGAUGCAUAUCGUCUCUAUGGCAUGAUCAACAGACUGUAUGCAGGACAUCGGUCCUGGUACAACGGUGGACCAUCUCAAAAAUUCGUGUUACGGUUGAUCAAAGCCAUGGACUUUGCUUUGCUCGAUGCAGAGGGGCGUAAAAUGUACCACUUUGGUGAUCAGGAACGUUCUGGUUAUACAAGAGGCGGUUUGCACGAAGGAAACCCAGAGGGAAUCACUGAGCUUAAUGUGGCUCUGCUUGUCAUGUACGCCCAUGUCCUGGCAACUGGUGGAUCCGACAUCAACGCUCUCAACUACUACUUCCGCGCCUACAGUCUCGCUCCGGACGAUCCGAUAAUCAAUUUCUCGAUUGCAGUUUCCUACAUUCAGCAUGCUAUGAAGCGACAGUCGGAGAACCGCCAAUAUCAAAUUGAACAAGGGCUGGCCUUUCUCUACCGUUACUAUCAAAUACGUACAAGAGAGAACAUUGCCAUUUUGGUCCAGGAAGCAGAAUUCAACGUGGCUCGAAUGUGGCAUACACUAGGUCUUACGCAUUUGGCACUUCCUGCAUACGAAAAAGUUUUGUCUCUGAGAGAGCGUGUACGUCUUGAGCACAAGGGAGAAUUAAGUAAAUCGGAGGAUUUCUCGGCAGAUGCGGCGUUUGCGAUUCAGACAAUCCUGGCUUUAUCCGAAGAGUUUCAGAGCGCCCGAAGACUUACUGAGAAAUGGCUUGUAAUAUAACUAAGUGGACUAUUCUAUAAUACACUCUUUAAUCCCU